ACUGGUCUUUAUCCACACAGGCCCAACAACCGUGUGGCAAAUAGCAUGGGUAAGACGUCACAUGCUGUGAGGAAGAUUGUCCAGCGCAACAGAUCAGUGAGCUCGCCUCAGUGUGCUGGUAGCAAUGCCUACACCACAAGCCUUAGAUAAUUUUACAGUGGGUGUCAUUCGCCGCUUUGUUCAUGACAAGUUUGCAGCAAAGCAAGUUCUUACUGUCAGAACUCUAAAGGAAGAUUUGAAAACAGCCACCAUUAUCCCGGAAACAACCUCUGAGAUAUCGGUGUGGCGGCUCGUGCAAGAUAUGGGAUUCAAGUACAAAACUUCUCAACGAAAGAUGUAUCUUGCAAAAGAAUCCCUUGAUGUGGUUUGCCGUCGGAUUGGCGCUCUCCGGGCUCUGAGGCGCCACCGAGAAGAAGGGAGGCAGAUAGUAUAUGUUGAUGAGACAUGGUUCACCACAAGAAUGAGCCACAGCAGGGAGUGGGUGGACACCACACAGCCUGCUACCAGUGCCAUGCAUAGCCGACAGGUACCAUCUGGCGAAGGAGAGCGCUUCGUGGUGGUUGCAGCUGGCACAGCAAAUGGAUUUAUUGAAGACUCUUUCCUUUGUUACCCUGCAAAGAGUACUAGUGGUGAUUACCACGGAGAAAUGACAGGCGAGCUGUUCAUACGCUGGCUGACAACUCAGCUUCUACCAUUGCUGCCCGAACCAUCGGUGCUGGUAUUUGACAAUGCACCUUAUCACAGCCAGCUGAUAGACGCAUGUCGAUGUCCUACUACGGCAACCAAGAAAGCAGACCUUAUUACUUGGCUGAAGAGGCGCAGAAUCAGUGUCCCAGACGGUGCCACAAGACCAGAGCUGCUGCUCAGAUGCCAAAAGUACCGGCCAAAACCACAGUACACCGUGGACAAUAUCAUCCGAGAGUGGGGCCAUGAGGUGGUCCGCCUGCCACCUGCCCACCCAGAACUCAAUGCCAUUGAGCAGGUAUGGGCAUGCAUGAAACGUCAUGUCUGUUCAUCCUUACAUCGAUUCACCCGGGCAGACCUGCAGGCAAGACUGCAAGAAGCCAAGCUUUUGGUCACUCAUAGGGUUUGGGCGUCUGCAGUGAAACAAUCUCAAGAGUUUAGGAUGGAUAUUGGUUAUCAGAUAACAUUCAGGAGCCUGUGGGACCUAUCAUUAACAACUUAAACAGUGAUGAUGAGGAUACAGAAGACUUAUACCUGGAUGAUGAUGAUGACGAAAAUGAAUAAAAGUUACUUUGGGA